CAGAUGCCCGCGCGCGCUUUCUUGAUUUUUGAGCUCAAGCGCGGUCGGCGCGCGCGCGCGGCUGUCGAGAUGAAUCAGUCACGAGGCGCGAGUCACGCACGGCGUUGUGCGCAUACAUGCGACUCAUGCCUCUUUGCCCAUCACUUGAUCCUCACCCACCCUCUCUCGUCACUCGGUGGUUGUGACCGCUCUUUGCAUCCACACACGCACACACACACUCUCUCUCUUGCACACCUCUCGAUCAAGUCGUAACUGUGUGCGCGCGCACGCGCACGUCUGUACAGUCACCCCGCCCCGCCACACCAAGUAUCCUCCGCAUACACCCGCGCACACCCAGAGCCACACACUCGCAUUCGGCCCAGAUCCGCGCCGACAGAGUCCACACUUGACACUGUCUCGCACUCAGAUCAAAGCGCCGAGUGGCUCGCUCGCCCGCUCGCUCCGCUUUGGCGGCCAUGUCGCUCGCAUACUUUGCGGCGCCUGUUGGCCCGCACGCCUUCGCCUUUGCUCAGGCUACCCCAAAGGUAGCUGAAGAGGCUCCUCCCGCAAGCGAUGUCGGUGUACAGCAGCCACGAAGCACCAGCGAUGGCGACUCUAGCAUCGAGACAGGAGCGUCUGCCGAUAGCUCUCCCGCUAGACCAAAGAGGGCAGCGGCGGCUCUAGCCAAUGCGAGCCUGACUUCGCCUUCCAAGGCCUCCAGCUCCUCUCCCAAAAAGAUGCCAGUCGAGCCAGCUUACUUUUACCCAUCCGACUCCACCGACGUUUCAGCGACGGCAGAUGAUGGUGUGCCCGUCUUUGAGCCGACAAUGGAACAAUUUGCCGACUUUGAAGCGUAUUGCGAGGCCAUCGAUGCUUGGGGCAUGCGGUCCGGCAUUGUCAAGAUCAUACCGCCGCGCGCGUGGAAGGAGCAGCUGCCCUCUUUGCAGCUGCCACCCGAACCGGACGGCACGCCGAGGGGCAUCGCCAGCGUCAGGAUCCGCAAUGCCAUUUCACAGAAUUGGGUGCCGGCAGGCAGCGGUCUUUGGCGUCAACAAAACGUGGUGCAUCCCGCCAAGAUAUGGAAUGCUCUGCAGUGGGCCGAAGUGUGCGCCAGCGAAGCUCAGCGAGGUCCAGAGAUGAACCGAAUGAAGGCCAAUGCGGAGAGGACGAGACGUCCUGUCGAUGCUACGGAAGAGGAUGGAGUCAGAACGCGAUCUGGACGGGCCAAGGAUGGUAGGCCCAGUCUCGGCAUUGCUUCCAGCAAGCGCAAGCGUCCUGCAGCACCCCGAGCAUCCAAUGGUGGCGCUUCCCAGCACCGCCGCUCCUCCACUCAACCGCGCGAAUCAUCCCCUCUACCUGCCUCCAGUGACGUCGCACAACCCUCUGAGGCUGAUGAAAAGCCGCAGGCUGGGCAAAGUGAUGCUCGCGCGCCGAGCACGUCUCCCACUCGAGUGCUGCGCACCAGGCCCAGCGCUGGACAGGAGGGGGACGUCAAGAGCGACGUCAAGAAGAGCGAAAGCAAGUCGAGUAGUGCGGCACCGAAGCCCAAGGCCGCGGACCUCACUACCGAAGCCGAGUGGGCUGCAUUCAAUCACGAGACGUGCUGGUUGCGAGAGGCAGCCAGCGAUCCUGCCAGUGCUCUCAAGAUUGCGGUGCUCGGCGAGUCGCGGGCAGACGGCGAAACGCAGCCCGGCGAAACGAUCAAGAUGGAGGAUGGCGAGGGUACUACGAAGAUGGAGCAGGUCGAUGGCGGGGAGUCUGCCAAGGCGGACGACGUCUCGAAGCAGCCAACACCUAAAGAUUGGCAGAACGCAGACACUUGUAGAGAGAUUGAAGCUGAAUAUUGGCGGGGUUUGAAUUUUGGCAAGCCGCCAAUGUAUGGAGCGGAUCUCAAGGGAACGCUCUUUACGCCCGAGACGACUGCCUGGAACGUCGGCAACCUGCCCAACAUCCUCACGCGGUUGCGCCUCAAGCGCAAGCUGCCUGGAGUCACGACGCCUUACCUGUACUUUGGCAUGUGGAGAGCGACAUUUGCGUGGCACGUGGAAGACGUCGACUUGUACAGCAUCAACUACAUUCACUUUGGAGCACCAAAGCAGUGGUACAGUAUCCGACAGGCAGACAAGACGAGGUUCGAGAAUGCCAUGGCAGGUGCUUUCCCAAGCGAUGCGCGCAGAUGCAAACACUUUAUGAGGCACAAGUCCUACCUCGCCUCUCCUGCCUUCUUGGCAGCGCACAACAUCAAGCCUCUGCGGCUGGUGCACCACGCUGGUGAAUUCGUCAUCACUUAUCCAUACGGCUAUCAUUCUGGCUUCAACAUGGGCUUCAACUGCGCCGAGAGCGUCAACUUUGCCUUGCCCUCGUGGCUUGACAUUGGACGUCGAGCGGGCUGGUGCGAGUGCGAAGAGUGGAGCGUGCGCAUGGACGUCGAUGCCAUCCUCAAGGAAUCGGAAGAGAUCAUCGAGAUGGAAAAGAAGCGGGAACAGCGCGCUCUGAUCCGCCAGCAGCAGGAGGCCGGCGCUGAAGUGGAUCGGGAACGAUUGGAAGCGAGACGGGUGGCGCGGCGCGAGUACGAAGCUCGAAGGAAAAAGGCCAAGGCUGAGCGUCUGGCAGCGGAGGCGAGCGGAGACGCCGAAACGGCGAGCAGUCCAACGAAAAAGGUUCGACGCACGUCGAUCGAGGAUGCGGAUGCCGACAAGACUUGCGUCUACUGCGUGUCUGAUUUCGACAAUCCCCAUGUGCGCAUCGAGGAGGUUGAUGCGGAGAGAGCAAUAGCACCGCCUCGCUACGCCCACGAUCUCUGUGCCAAUUUUGUGCCAGAGACGUGGGUGGAAACGCGCGAGGAUGGCAUUGACGUCGUCAAGGGAUUUUCUGGCAUUCCAAAGGCCAGGCGCACCCUCAAAUGCGCCCUUUGUCCGCGCGAAGAGUAUGCCAAGGCUGGCAUCAAGACACAGUGCACCUAUGGAAACUGCACGCGCGCCGCGCACAUUGGCUGCGCUUACCUCGAAGCGACGGGAUGGCGCCUCGACGUGCUGCCUCAAUCGAAAGCUGAUGUUGUCGAAGGGCGCAAAAAGGUUAGCAAUGGAAAGAAGAGGCAAGUUCUGGAGGCAGUGUCCGCUGAGCAGGCCGAGAUGGAUCUUGCCAACGAACCAGUCCGACACGUAGUCCUCUGCUCCACGCACAACCCGCACGCCAAGAAGAGGCUGUCAGCGAGCGCUCAGAGGAAUGCAGCCAUCGAGCGAGCUUGCGCAUUGAGACUCAAAGUGGACGAAAUGUGCAGCGUCAAGGUGGCAGGGCACGAGACGCUGGUGCCCAUCGUUCGCAUCGUCGAUUCUUCUGGCGAGCUGCCGGACGUUGCCGGUGCUGUACACGGCUCUAUAUCCUAUUUCUACCGACCGGACGAGGAGCGAUUUGUCAAGUGGUGCCACGUCAUCUUUCCUGAGGAGGAAAAGCUUCAGGCAGCGGCCGAGUAUGAUGCGGCACAGGCACAGGCGCAAGCGCAGGCGCAAGCGCAAGCAGAGAUCAAACCACAGGCGAAGCGAAAAGUCGUCACUGAGGAGGAGGGGGAUGCGCAGCAGCAGACCAGCACAAGUGAACAGCCAAGGAAAAAAGCUCGCAAGCCGACCGAUCCAAACGCUCCAAAGAAGCCUCGAAAGCCUCGCGUCUCGAAGGCGCAAGAGCAACAGGAUUCCACGGGCUUGCAGGUACCACCCAAGCUUCACGCUGCGCAAAUGACGCCGAGUCCUUCCAAGCCUCUGCUUGAGCAUGCCAGAUAUGCGAUGCCGCUCGAUGCGCCCCUGACUCCGGAUUCUAGCAACGGCACGCCACCUCACAUGUCUCAUGGUGCGCUGCACCGUCGCGAGCCCUUGAUGCAUGGGCCGAUGCCACCCUCUGGGCACUACGCGCCGCACCUCGGCUAUGGGUCUGCGCGCUAUUAUCCUAGUCACGAAGUUGCUGCGCCAUACCCACCUGGAGCUGACAGUCGACACGGAAUGACGUAUGGACACCACCAAGUUCCAUACAGCGCGGCGUACGCGCAUCAAAUCCCUUCGAUGCAGAGCCACGCAUACGCGCAUGCGCCAGAUCUUCGCGAAGGGAGAAUGUCGGUCCAGCGGCCUGAAGAUGCACUGAACAGUCUGGCUACGCACGCAGCAGCCAUGGCACCGGCUGUCUCGAGUUCAGCUCGCCAUGAAAACGCAUCCCUGCACUCCUCUCACGGUCGUUACGACCCGCGCCACUCUUCCUAUGCCAACGGCAGCAUGUCGAGCUCUUCUCCUCACCUGAGCUCCUCAUCUCCGCACCACGCUGCACCAACGUUGCCACCCAUCGGGCGCGGACAUGCUCCGUACCAAGCAGAAUAUGGUGCUUACGCUUCUCAAGGCCCUCAAGCACAUCUCUUUCAUCCCUCUUAUCGUCAACUUCAGCCUCCUCCCCCCUCGCACCAUCGAGCGCCUCACGCGCAGCCAGCUCCAGCUGACAAUCGCGCUACCGCCGCUCGUCCCUACUGAUCCGUGCGCGACAAGCGCAUGCGCCCGUGACGAGCGCCCGCACGCGCCCCAUCUUUUUGUGUAUUUUUUUCUGAAUGGCAUUUGCUCCGACAUC